AUGGAUGCACUGCGUGGUGUGGCGGAGGCUUACAACAACCAGGACACACAUUUCUUCAAUCGUAUCAUGCAUGAAAAUAAAGAUUCCCCUUUCCUUGCCGACGAGGUUUUACAAAGACGACUUACAGAAAUGUACACCAGUCUUUUGGAGCGACAUUUAUUGAAAUUGUUAGAGCCGUACAGUCGUGUACAGAUCUCAUACCUUGCCUCUUUGCUGAAGCUUGAUGUGGAGACGGUAGAGUCACAGGUGUCUCAGCUUAUUCUUGACAAGAAGCUUGCAGGUAUUGUGGAUCAGCAGCAUCAAUGCGUUGUUGUCUUUGAUGAGCAGGAUGCAAAGAUAGCAAGUAAGAAUCAAAAACAACAACGACAACAAGGAAUGGUUUCAGGGGGAGGUGGGGAACGGGGUUCUUCCUCUGCUGCAGGUCCCACAUAUAAGAAUGCGAAGUCAACAACCGAGGACGGGGGUGAAAAGGCCACCACAACGUUGUAUCAAGAUGCAUUGGAGGCCUUGGAUAAAUAUGAUCGCCUCGUCUCGGCACUCUUUGAUAAGGCUAGUGGUAAGUUUGAUGCACUGGUAGAGGAAAAUCUGAAAAGAAGACAGGAGAUGAAAACAGACAAGAAGAAGGAUAGUAAGAAGGGCGAAGAAAAGGAGGAUGCCGAGAAGAAAAAGAAGAAUGUCAAUUAG